CUAGGACUUGUGUGGGAGGGAGGGGAUGACUGGGCUUCUUCCUGCAUCUAUAUCUCCGCCUACUCGGCACAUUGUAGCUCCAGAAGUUCGGUCCACCGUUUAAUAGGAAGCACACGGGAAACAUAACCGGAUCAAGAUGGUGGUCUUAUCCAAGGAGCAUGGAUAUGUCAUUCUGACGGGUGCUGCCAGCUUUGUCAUGGUUACCCACUUGGCUAUAAACGUGACUAAAGCUCGUAAAUUGUACAAAGUAGAGUACCCUAAGAUGUACAGCGAUGACCCAGAAACUGGCAAAAUCUUCAACUGCAUUCAACGUGCACACCAAAACACCCUGGAAUCCUAUCCAGCCUUCCUGUUCUUCCUUGUUGCCGGGGGACUCACACAUCCGCGUGCAACCAGUGCACUGGGAGUGACCUGGAUUGUUGGCAGGGAGCUGUAUGCCCAUGGAUACUCUUCGGGGGAUCCAAGCAAACGUUCCCGAGGUGCCGUUGGUUCGUUUGCUCUGCUUGGUCUUUUUGGUACUGCUGUUUGCUCCGCCUUUAAAAUUCUCGAUUGGUCUUUGAACCCAAAGACAUGGUGUUGAAUUAUCUACCAUGAAGAUAGAAUCCUGCAAAACCCAUUUUGCACUGAAAGACUGAUUAUCAUUGAAUAAAAACCAAAACAACCAAAUCUUUCUAUUUUCUAAGUAAAGUCUUUAAAAUGA